CGGCUCUCCUACAAGGUCACUAUCACAUGACAAAGGCUUGGAGACAGCUUCAUUUUCCUCUGCCUGCUUGUAAUUUCCAUUUGGCUUCCUGGGUCACAGUAAUGAAAGGCAGCAAUAGGAAUAAAGAUAAUUCAACAGACGGAGAGGGAACUGGAAAACGACCAAAGAGAAAGUGUCUUCAGUGGCAUCCAUUGCUUGCAAAGAAAAUCCUUGAUUUUUCUGAAGAGGAGGAAGAGGAAGAGGACGAAGAAGAGAUUGAAAAGGUCCAUCUCCUAAGUUCUGAUGGUCUUGAGCAUGAUGCAGAAGAGACAGAAGAUGAAGAAUCUUCAGAGCAGCGAGCUAGAAGGCCGAUGAAUGCAUUCCUUCUGUUCUGCAAACGUCACCGCUCCCUUGUGCGGCAGGAACACCCCCGUCUCGACAAUCGUGGUGCUACCAAGAUACUGGCGGAUUGGUGGUCUGUUCUAGAUCCUAAGGAAAAGCAGAAAUACACCGACAUGGCCAAGGAGUACAAGGAUGCAUUUAUGAAAGCAAACCCUGGGUACAAGUGGUGUCCACCUACAAACAAACCUUUGAAAACCCAGUCAUCUACUGUUACUAACCGGAAAAAGCUGUGGGCUUUCCCAUCAGAACCUGCAAAAGAUUUGCCAGGUCCAAAAAAGUUGUUGAAGACAGAAGAAAUGCCUCAGUUGAACUUUGCAAUGGCAGAUCCUACGCAAAUGGGAGGCCUCAGUAUGUUGCUCUUAGCAGGCGAACAUGCCUUGACUGCACAAGAGAUUUCCUCAAGCCCGUCACAACCAGAUGCUCCCACAGAUUCACAAGAAAAUGAUGAAUCAGCACUAUUUCAGUUUUCAGAGUUGGGGAGCCCUGAACAUGUGAAACACUGUAAGAAAUCAGCACUCUUCCAAUUGGCUGAGAUUUCAUCAAGUACAUCCCAUUCAGGUCCUUCUGAAUUAACAAAGCAAUGUGGGACAUCAGCAUUGUUUCAGCUGGCAGAGAUGUGCCUUGCAUCUGAGCAAGUAAAAGUGAGAGAACCUGGAAAGGCAAAAUUAGAAGCAUCCAGAAUUAUCAGAGUCUUGGAAUCACCUGAACAAGUAAAAGUCGAAGAACCAGAAAAAGUUAAAGUAAAAAUUGAAAAAUCUCAGAAGGUGAAGGGCCUUGAACAUGAAAAAAUAAGAACUGGAGUGUUGGAGGAGAUGACAGAAUGCAGCCAUGUUGCAGCUUCUGCUUUGGAAAGCACAUUAGUUGGACCCAACAGCACAACUACAAAAGAUCUUGCAUGCUGUUCCCAAGACUUCGCAACAGCCAACAUCAGCACCUUAGGAUUAAGCAAACCAGAAAAGUUAAAAAAGAAAAAGAAGAAAAACAAACUGGACCAGCAAACACUUGAAAAAUGCCCUGCUAAGAAGAUAUGCAAAAAGAGACAGUCUUCUGAGUCAGACAUUGAGAGUGUCAUUUAUACUAUUGAAGCAGUUGCAAAAGGGGAUUGGGGGGCAGAGAGACUCAUAGAAGUGCCCCAUAAAAAAGUCCGCCUUUCUUCAACAGUGAAGGGGAAUAUCUUGGACAAAAAGUCACCAAAGAAAAAAGUGAAGUCAAAAGAGAAGAAAGCACUGAGGGGAAAAUGUGUAGACACCACCAAAGAACCAAAGCCUCCUGAUGUUUUUAACAUUACAGAAGACAAGGAGCUACUGUGCGAAGCACCUGAAAAUGUCAAGUCAGAACCGCUAACUCCAACAGAGGAUGUGUUACCACAGAGUUUACCAGAGCAGGUGAAAGUCGAGGACAGUGACUGUGGCAAAAAAGCAGAGACUUGUGGCUCAAGGAAAUCCGAGAGAGCUUGUAAGGGUGCUCUGUAUAAAACUCUAGUCUCAGAAGGCAUGCUUACAUCGCUGCGUGCCAAUGUUGACAGAGGGAAACGAAGCUCAGGAAAAUGUGGCAGUUCUGAUCAUGAAGGAUGCUGGAAUGAAGAAGCCUGGGCAUUUUCCCCAGGAGGGGCAAGUGGGAACAAAAAGCUUAAAAGGCCUAAGCCAAAGGAAGAAAUAGUUUUGGGCUUAGCAAAACUGGAAGAAGAAUUUGAGAAAAAAUUCAACAGCCUCCCUCAGUACAGCCCUGUCACAUUUGACCGGAAAAGUGCUUCUAUACCAAGAAAAAAGAAAAAAGUUGGUAGCUGCUCAACAGACCAACCAAAGCCUAAAAGAGAGUCUGCAACAUCACAAGAACCUUUGGUUGGCAGCCAGAAAAGGAAAGCAAGAAAAACCAAGAUUACACAUCUGGUCAGGACUGCAGAUGGACGUGUCUCACCAGCAGGAGGGGUUUUGGAAGAGAAACCAAAGGAGCAGCUGCAGAAUAAUUUUCAGAAAGCAUCAAAUACAGGGAUGGACUGCAGUAAGGAGUCUUUGCAAAACAAUGAAUUGGAGGAGGGUCAUAGUGUUACACCAGACAUGCCAUCUGUAUCUGCAUUCUUUAGUCUAGCUGCUCUAGCAGAAGUAGCAGCCAUGGAAAAUGUGCACAGGAAUCAGAGAACGGCACCUCUCCCAUGUGACGGACAGCCAAAAGAAAUGUCUCAGGCUCCAGUGCUUAUCUCCUGUGCUGACCAGUGAAGCUCUACCCUAUUGUAAAACAUUGUGCUUUACCUAAUAUCCUAGCCUUGUCUUUACCAGUGGAUGCUAGUGUGAUGGAGGAACCCAUAGACUGAAAAUGAGUGAUUUGUGUUCAGUGUGACACAGAUUUCACUUAUAACUUGGGCCUGGGCUCCUCUGGUUUGGGACCCAGAAUCUACUAUAAGGAUUAUAUUAUUUCUCUGUUAAGGAACAGAAAUGAAAAGAUCCUAGAGUAUUGCUUUCUAUUGAAGGGUUUUAAAGUGGUAAUCACAUAGUUAAACAGAGGAGGCAGAUGUUACUGUAGUUCAUAUAGCAUCUAUUCUAUCAACCAGAGUUGAAAAGUAGUUUCAUGUGAAUAACUAGCUACUCUAAACAAAAAUACAAAGGGGGGGGGGAGAGAAACUGACACACUGCACUAGUUACUAGAUAUUCGUAGUCCUUUUUGUACAUGAAGGUUUAAGUUUUGAGAUGGUUUAUAUAAUAGGUUAUGCUUACAUUUAUACUUCAGAGUGAAUUUAAGAACCAGUUUGAAGACUCCAAGAAGGCAUGGGCAGGUGUACCAUUGUUAGUGGUGUAUGUGUGGCCCUGUGGCCCAGAAGUUCUGCACUUUUUGUAUUUGCCACCAGGGUGGUAGAGUUUAUUGGCAAAAAAUGCUGACAGGCUUUGUCUUGCUUGGUUUUUUUUUUUUUAAUUAAGCAUAGAAUAAUGAGGAUGAUUUGCAUUUGAAGUAUAGGUCUGGCAUAUUGCUAAGAACAAUAUUGCAGAUCACUGGUUUGUCUUUCAAGUCUUGGAGAAUUCACUUAUUUUUAAAUAGAAGUCUAAGCAGACUAUGUGGAAACUAAAGCAGUAAAACAGGGAAGAGGGGAGUACUAUAAAUAUGUUGUUCAGAAGUGACCUUAGUAUUACUUCAUUCAUUUGGGAAAACAAACUUUUUCAAUUGACAUGCAUACUGAUGUAUAUAUUUUACAUUUUACAGACACUGGAAUUGUCAUAAGUACUAUGCACAGUCUAAAUUGGCAUCAUCAGUUGUAUGAAGUGCCAAUUCUAGUUUGGAAUAGUGGAUGCUGAGUGUUGUAUAAAUUAAGUGAUGACUGAGAAACGAUGUUACAGAAUUUAGCCUGUCAAACAGACAGUUUUCCAACUCGUGUUCUCUGUCUUUCUUCUAUGUUGUCUUUUAAUCCCAUGCCAACAUCUCAUGCCAGAACAGAGUCUCCUACCCUUUUUCUUUAUAUUUUUCUUUAUAUAUCUUAACCACCUAACUCACACCAGUGGCCUAUCAUCCAACACAAUACAGAAAAAGCAAUUUGGGCUACAUGUACUCUAAGCCCUUCUCACCAAGUUACAGUCCCAUUAACCUGCUGUUGAUAGUAAUUCACCAGUUCACACAUUUUUAACUUCUUGGAAGGCCCCCAAACACUCAUACCCAUCUAUUGGAUCAGGGGAGGAGAGAUGUGUACACAGCACACAAAGAAAAGCCUGCUUCUGCGCCCAAGGAGCCUCAGGCUGGAUUGGGGCAGCAUUGUACCUAACAGCAAAAGAUGAAUGUCUACUAGCAUUUGACAUGAAGCUACUUUUAACACAGGGUACUUCUUCCACAGCACAAGAUGUUUCCCUACAUAUUUUGCAUCAUAGCACAAUGUCUUAACCAAAUGCUAUUGACCAGACCCCAGCAAUAAUUUUCUAUGAGUCAUCUUGUCUCUGGUGGAAUUUUGUGAUAGUGUUCAGUUCAGCGAGACCCUUUUUUAUGGAUUAGGUCUCUAUAUGAUGAGAGUUUACACAAUUUUAUCAGGCUUUCUUAAUUUAUACUUGACAGAAUUGAUAAAAGAUGUGUGUUUUGGGUUUUAUUUUUUUUUCUUUUUGUAAUUGGAUUUAAUAGCCAUAUGAAAAGUGACUCUUAAAACUUGCCUGGCUUAGCCUUUAAUUGUUGUAAUCAAUGCAUGUCCUUCAGUGUCUGUGUCAGAAACAACCUCAGACAGAUUACAGUACACCCAUUGUAAUAAUAGGUUAUACAGUAAUUAAAAGUAUCACUUCAGCCCAUAUAGAAGUCAAAGACUUGCUCACAGAUACAAAUGAUGAUAAAGAAAGAAAAAAGACAUAAACAGGAAUGAGAAUGUUAAAUAAUUUUAGAAAAUUCAGUUAGAAGAAUAUUCCAUAGGCCUCUGAGGCAUGUGGCACAACUUUAAUAAUUGGCUUUUGUUAAUUUUUUCUGAAUUAUUUAACAAAACAAAAUGUUGCCAACAUGCCAUACUGUUGGGUGCAUAUUGUAGUGGCUUCAGGAGUGAAAGCCCAAAUACUAGCUAUGGUUCAAACAUUGUAAGUAGCUGAAAUCCAAAUAUCUCAUGGUGCAACCUCUUCAUCCUGACAGUGGUACUAGCAUGUAAACUCUAUGGAACCCAUUAGAAUAAGUGCAUUUUUAAUGAAGUACCACGACCUGUCUGCAGUUUUAAAUUUAACUAUUGUUCCUAAAAUAUUUCUUUAUAUGAAUGGUACCUUUAUAAAAGAUGCAUAAAGUUAGCUUUUUUCUAUGUGAAUUAAUAUCUUGAUUACCCUUUCCUAAACCUCAUUAACUGUCCCUUAGGUAAGGGACUAAAUUUGGGUCAGUUUUCUGAAUAUGAGUGUUUUCUGAUGCUUAUAAACCUUUCUGUAGAUAUGCUUAAUUUUUAAGCGAUUAGGGACUGAGAGUAGCAGAAAUCCUGCAAAGUUUUAUAGUUUAUUAGGAGCACAGUUCACUUGGAAGGUCUUCUGCACAUGCUCCAUUGGAAUGUGCAUUACUGUAGGUUUGCAUAGCUCCUGUUCAUUUCAGUGGGCUUCCUUCAAGAUAACCUCCCAAUGGUUUGUGCCCUAUGGUGUGUUCCUCCCCCCACCUUCUUUUUCUGAAUGAUGUCUUGAAUUCAAUAGAGAUAUUUGUUAGAAUGGUUAUCCCUAAUUUCAAGUAGAAAGAAAAUCUGUUAGCAUAAGAAAAAUCAAACCAACAAUGUACUGUUCAAAUGUUUGUUUUUUAUUUUAAUUUCCAGUAUUUUGUGUUUUUCAAAAAAAUGAAUUUCUGUGCAUUUUCAUAUACCAGCAAUGUCACCCAUCAAUUAAUGUCCAUGAAUUCAUAUAGAGAAUUGUUGCACCUUACUUAUUUCAGAUGAACCAAAAUAUUGUGUUUUCUGCUUUGGUUGUUUAUUCCAGUACUGUUGUAUUAUAGUUUAUCAAACCCAUUCUGAAUUAGCAAAAGCUAUCAGUAUUUAUGCAUUUAACAAUAUUCUAUAGAUUUGAACCUGUGUAUGUCUUUUAUAUAUUUUUUAAACAAGAUAAACACAUUAUGCUUACCUUCCUCUAUGGUUUCUUAAUGAAAGUAAGGAUAGAUUUUUCAUUGUCCAAUUUUCUUGGUUUUUCCAAUUUAUUUAUUUAGUGACUUUUGAUAUUUCAUAUAGUUUUGAGGUAUACAUGCAGUAGUUGCUACUGCAAGCAUAGAAUCAGAUGGGAGGACACUGUAAUGCCAUUUUCACGUAAUUGUGUUAGUACUGUAUUAGAGGAUGGAGUGGGAGUGGAGUUCUGCAGAGUAUUUAACCUGUACAUUUGAUUUUGACUUUUCUGUUAGGGUGUUUUCCAAAUACAAGACCAAAACUGAUGUAAAAUCUUAUGGAGCUUAUAUCAUGCUGUUGUAAUUAAGACAGUAUUUUUCCCUCGAUUGUACUUUGAUUUCAGAAAUAAGGAUAUAUUUAUUUAAGAAAAUAUGGUGUGCUUUUUUACUAAUACAAUAUCCCAAAGUUACGAGCAAAGGAUUUGGUUCUUUGACUCACUCUCCAGCUUACAGUCCAAUCCCCAACUUUCAGAAUUGACUUUAAAUUAUAUAAAGCAUAGUAAGAGAUACUGGUCUCCGAGUUGUAUCUUUUAUUUGGCAAAGAAUUUUGCUGCUUUCCUCAGUACCAUAAGUAGCAUAAAUGUAGCUGCUAAUUACUCCACAGUUGCUGGCUUUCUGUUCCCUUUCAAACCCAUAAGAGUUGUAUGUUGGGCAGCAUAACAUGGGGUAGGUAAUGUCUAUCCCUAAGAAUCAAAUUAGUCAUUAACAAAUACACCCACAUACACAAUAUUGCAUCUCUAGAGAGCCUCCCUGUAGAGAUCUGCAAAAGAAGUGGUUGGUAGAGUGUUCCCUUCUACCCACAGUAGGAAGAAUUAAAAGAGAGCGUGCAUUGCUGGGGAACAUGGAGAAAUCGGUAAUUCCACAAAUAAAGCAAAUUUACUGCAUUUGCAGGUGUUUGGGAAAAGGACAGAAAGGCUCAUAUUAACCCAGCUGCUAGGAACACAGGCAGUCCACGUGUACAUUUAACAUGGAUGUUCUCUGUGUGGAACCUUAUACCAGAUUCAGCAGUACUGUAUGGUGAGAAUAUAAAAGGGUGUGACUGUCCUACAGUCAUUAAGUAUGCAGUGGAUUUCCCAUUGGCUGCAUUUGGAACAGGCUGUAAAAUGUAGUUAUUUUCCAAAUAAUGGCUGCAGCUGCCAUUGCACUUUGGGCCUUUACAGAUAACUAAUCAUCACUGAAUUUACAGUGGUAGUUUUCAGUAAUUAUGGAAAGCUAGGUGGAAUAUCAUGGUUGAGUCUGCCUUUAGUAUGAAGCUUUAAAAUGGAACAUCUUUUCAUUCAUUUGAGUACAAGUAAAGUUUCCAUACUGAAGAGAACAGCUAGGAAAUUGGGGUGAUCAAAGAGAAGAGGGCAUUACUGUUGUAUGAUUUCAGUAUGGUGAAAGGGAAUAUAUAUAAAUAUAUAUAUAUAUAUAUAAAUAUUUUUUUAAAAUCUGUGAUGGAAAGAAAGUGUGGUAGAGACUAUAAUGAUUAAUGGGUUUACCUUGUACUUUUGUGUAUUUAUGCGUGUCAGCUGCUCUUUGUUCUUCAACUAAUUCUAAUAAUGCUACCUCUAUUAAACGUUACUGCAGAUAACUUC